AUGGCAGCCUCCCCCGACAACGUUACCAGCUCCGAUGACCAGCGCAAGCAAUGCAUCUCUGCGGCUGGACGUCAGCUGAUGGAACGGGCCGGUUCUCAGCUGUUAACGCUGCGAAUGUGCGUUCAGCGUCCGCCAGAAGAUAGCGCCACCUGCAGUUUCCCAUACAUACCGAAUGCGGGAGGAGGGUGCGUGUGCACAAGCGGCUAUACCAAGCUGUACGAUGGGUCUUGUGCCCCCACAGGGGAUUACGAGGGUGUCACUGCUACUGCCGCUCUAGGCACCACAACGAAGUUUCGACCGCCCAACCUCAACAACAAGGGAGCUCCAGGGCCGCUUCUGACAUCUGUGGUGGCGCAGAGGUAUUCCACAGGAGCUGCUGUACAGUGUGCGGCUGGGAACGCUGUUGCGUGUAAUCGUUUGGCCAACCUGUGUGUGCUAAUGCUGUACGAUACGGACUCGCUUCCAUGUAAGCUGCACCUCUCACUCCUGUCUGACAACACGCCACCCCUACAUUUGCCUCGGUUGAAUUACGACAAGGCUCUUCUUGAGGAUGCGUCUACAGUCUUGCAGGGAUCCGGAUCUGGGACAGUGGUGUCGUUUGCUGUGUCUGUGUACGACUUGUGGGGAAAUUGGAAGGGGACUCGCAAGGGUCUGAGCGUGUUCAACCUGUGCGGUAUUGCCGACGCAGAUGCGGCGGGUAUGUUGAAGCUUGGCUCCAACCGCGAGCUGCGGUGUCCCUUUGAUCGGCGUCUGCUGCGCGACGGAGUGGGGGAGGAGGGGAGCUAUGAGGACGUUGCGCCGACCGAUUUCUUUGAACUCUUUCUGGUCGAUCCGGCGAAUGCGUCGCACCUCAUUGAGGUUCCUGUGGUGAUGGAUUACGCAAGUGAAGAUUUUCGUCCGUUGAACGUGCAGGACUCUGCGUUGAAUCGCGCUGUUGCUUCUGGUGCUAAUGCUAGUGAAGAAGUUGUGGACGGCUACCGACGGCGCUUUUACGUGCACGACAACUUGAGUGGCUGCGGGUCCAAGUCCAAACGGGGCAUAAGGGGCACAUGCUACGCAACGGUGCUACGUCGUGCGGUGUUCGUCUUCAGCAUGGGGGGCUCAUUCUUGCACCAUCGCCUCAACGCGCCCGUUGUGGUCCUUCAGUACGCCUCUGGGGCGUGGGGUGCCAAUGCGAUAAUGCAUGGGCUCGGUGAGAAAGGUGAGGGUUUUGAGAGAGGCGUGUCGGUGCGUUUUAUAACAGAAAGGCAGGAGGUCAAUAGAGGAUUGAUGAUCACGAUGAUCGUUCUCUGUCUCGGCUGCUUCCUGUCCGCGUGGAUACGCACGUAUGGGUGGAUGCGGCGGCGACAGAACAUGAUGCUGACGCUUGGUGCAAGCAUCCGUUUCUUUGUGUACUUCUGCAAUCACGCUGGGAACAUGUUUGCCCUUGCCGUCUCACUGGCGUCGUGGUACAUAUUCGCUGUGUACCGAUCGGAGAAUGAGAACUUGGUAUCUGUCGUGGGAGAUAGGUACGUGUACCUCGAGGGCAUGCUGUGUACGGCCACCGUGACCAAAGGCAUCGCUGUGCUCUACAAAAUCGUGGAGCAGUGCAACGCGGAUUACUUUUUGAUUGACUGGGAGCGAAGCAAGGGGCAACUUUUGCGCGAGAAUCGCAUUCUUCCUGUCAGUAUGUGGCGAUCUACAUUCGUCGCAAACGAAUUGAAUGAGCUUCAGAUAAUUCGCCAGUGGAGACCGCUGGUCAGCAUGACGGUUGUAUUGCUCUUUCUUGUCCCCUUGGGCUACCUGGAUUGCGCUGACAGCAUUCCUGGAGUGAACACAUCCAUGGAGGCUGGGGUUUACUCCGUCACGGUACUGCGGAUAGCGGUGGGUACGUUCUUUUGGUUCGUUGUGUGUCUUGUGCUCCACGUUGUGGAGUUCCAGCUUUACUAUCGCUUCAUCCGUGCCCACCCACUGCAGGCGUUUGUGGAUCUGUGCUCGGUAUCAAACAUCUCCAUCAUGAUACUGCCAGAGCUGCAGUGGGGCUACUACAUUCACGGCGAGUCGAUUCACGCCCAUGCUGACGUGAGCAUGGAGGAGUUCCAGCAAAACUUGUACCUCGAGUCACAGGGUAACUUGCCGGUGCGCGGCCUCGGUGGGCAAAGCAAGUGCCAGACGUUCGAGGUGUUCAUGGGCAUCUACAUGCGACAGUACCUUUACAUGUGCUACGCGGAGAUUGAGGCGGAACACCAGCGGUCGCGUGGCAGCGUUGCGCUUUCAGUGCGGCCGGGACGGCGAUGGCAUUUUCUGGAGUGUGUCUUCGGCAUUUCCCGCAAGUUGCGUGUGUACGGCUCAGAGACCCUUGCAGUGAAGAAGCGUAUUAACAGCUCGCUGCAGCAGAGUGUGCGCAGUGCGGAGGGAACGUUGUUGAUGAAGUUCCCACUCCACCGCCUGUUUGACAUGGCGCCAAACAUCCUCUACAUGAAUGGGCCGCAAUCUGGCGAUAAGUCUGGCAAAGAUCUCUUCUUUGUUGACAGCGUCACAUCGUAUGGCAAUGCGUUCCUCUACGGUAUUGAUUUGGAUUUGUUUGUCCUAUACAUGAUGCUCUAUGCGACGAUUGACGCGGCGAUGCAUAAUGUGUACGCCGCCUUUGUGAUUACGUUUGCCUUGGAGAUCGUUAUUCGCUGGUACAGGAUGAGCGAGGGUUUGGCGAACAUCAGUGCCAAGACGCUCAUAGACGAUCGUUUUUUUCUAUAG